AUCCAGGAGACACCCCCUGCUCGGGGGGGGAUGCUUCCCCGUAUGGGGGCUCGAGGGUCAUAAACCCUGAAUUUUAGCGCGGGCUACCUAUAAACUUUCCAUUCUAUUAACACCAAACUUGAACUCUAAACCACAAACUUUAUAACCCUAGAACACUGAACCGUAAACUCUAAAGUGUAAAACCCUGAACCUUAAGAACUUCCUCCAAACCCUAAAACCUUUAACGCGCUACAUAAAGGCAUAGUUAGUUAGAAAAUACCUGUACGUAUUAUAUUCGUCCAAAAACUUAUGUAUCCGUUCUAAACAUGUAUAAAACCCAUAUAACACUGUUAGUAUCCAUAUAUAAAACCUGUAAUUAUUUUUUAUCUAUUUAAUACUUCUUGUGUCGUAUUUUACUUAGAAUAGCUUACUAGCUAUUAGUUAAAAAAUUGUGUCCAUCCGUGUAUAGGGUAAAAUUCUUUAUUAAAAACACGUACAUCAAUUAUAUUGUUUAGCUUUUUGUUGAUAAUCAUUCAAUUCAAUUAUAUUUGAAGAAUUUGAAACAAAAGUAACUUUGAAGACCAAUUAAAAAUUACCAUAAAUUCCUUCUCAAGAACUGUACACUUUUUUAGCGGAACUCCUCUGUCUUCCCCUUGUCAAGCUAGUAAUAGGUAAGCUGCCCUCCCCCGUAAUACCCAAUUUGUUUAGAGCAAUAAAAAUUACCAUAUAAAAUCCUGCCAAUUAGCUUUAAGCGUUGAUCAAUUGAGAUUUGAGACUAGAUAAAAAAUUACUGUAAUUAGCUCGUUAACAGAAAGGCAAGAAGACUAGCAGAGGCAAUCAUUUCCCAAAUAAAAAGCAAACAAAAAAUAAAUUAAUUAUUAAUCGGUGGGCAAAAAUCCUACCUUCCUAAUUCCAACUCCGACUCUUCGUUUCCCCUAACAAUUUACCAAAACAAAAUUAGCGGGGAAAAUCCCGCCUUUCCAUCCCCAAAACCGCCUUAAUUAACUCUGUCAAAGAACCUUUCCACAAUAACCAAUCCCUUUCUCCAAAACCCAAACCCCUCUUCUCCCAUUCCGAGAUGGCUCCGCCAUGGCCAGAUCGAAGAAACGGUCCCUCCUGCCCAAGAACAACAACUGAGGUCCUCGCCUCCGAGUACCGAGCGAAUGGAAGAAGAGGAAAGGAGCUCUCCCACUCCUGCUAUCCAGCGACGACAAGAGGCUAAAAGAGCUUGCAGACUCCUGCUACCGAUCGAUCGCAACAAGAGGAGGAUGCCUCUGCCUCUGCUACUCCUGCUCUAGAGCAACAGCAACAAGGAGCACUCGGCCAAUCGUCGACUCAUAAAUCUUCUGUGGGUAAUCCACCCAAGCGAAAGGGAAGAGAUUCGAGCAAAGGGGUAAAGCGGGGGCAUAACAUCCCCUUGGAAAUCCAUGAAAUAAGGUUCGUCGCCUCUGUUUUCGGUAAAAAAAAACUAUGCCUAGAAUUAAGUGGAUGGUUGGUUCUUGCUGCCGAUACUUAGAUGCGCCACAACUUAUUCUUUUGUUCAUUUGUUUUGUGCCUAGUAUGUUGGUGGUUUUUAUGGUUUAUGAAAAAAAUUUCCAACAACUUAAUAACGAUCUAUGAAACUUUGUAAUGUAGGCUGAAAACAAGGAAGUGAACGAGGAUGGCGAGGAAGAUGAUGAUGCUAGCACUUCUAAUUACUCUGGCUCGAAGGGUGACAAGUUUGAUGAUACCAACUCCAUGUGAAGACUGAAGAUGUUGUUGGUCAAUUUGGGCCCUUCCUUCAGUAGUAGGGGUUAUGCAGCAUGUUAUGUUUUGUGUUUAAUUAAGAACAAAUAGAACAUAUUUAUGUAUUUAUUUAUGCUGUGUUUUGUGCGUUUACUUCUGUAAGACAUAUUUUAUGGCUAGGCCUCAUAUUUAUGUUGUAUUCUUUUUUCUUAAUAUUAUAAUAGUGUGAUUAAUUUUAAUUAUUUUACAUAUUACCAUUCAAUUGAUUAAUUAAAAUUUCAUUUUCAACCCAAUGGUCAUCCCAAAUAAUAUAUAGCAAUAAUUUACAAAAUAAAUAAUAAUUUCAAAUACUAUCAACCAUAAAAUUUUAUUGGAAUAAUAAUUUCAUUUCUGAGGAGUUCUCCAUUCAUGAAGACUUUUACUCGUCAGAAAUAACCAAAGGGUAUUUUGGGAACAAAUUUUUUUGCCUAAUUAUACAACCUUUUCUAACAAUAAACAAGUCAUCACAAAAACACAUAAGGGUAUUUUGGGAUAUAAAUUCCAAAGUCUUAUUAACAAAAAAAAAGUUUUGCUUACAAAAAAAUAUUCUCACAAAUACUUACACUGACAAAGUAAUUUCCUUAGAAAUAGUUUUUCCUCUCUCACAAAAACUUUUCGUCAAACUUUUUUCCUCAAGGGUAUUUCUUUUCUAAUUACGAUAAAUAGGGUUUUGAGGAUAAUUUAUCCUCACAGAAAAAGUUUUUAUGACGCCAAUUUUUUUUGGACUAUUACCCACGGACCUUUACCCCAUGACCCGCUAACGACCGUAUUUCGUCAGGAAAAACUUUUAGUGACGAGAAAAGGCCUUUUGUGACGCCAAUCGUCUGGUAACAUCUGCCAGUCUUUUUUGUAGUGCAUCGUCAUGCUUAGUCAGCAAUUCUAAGGGAGAUAUUAACAGAUAAUUAACGUUUGGCUAAUAAUUACUAUUUCGAUAGUUUUGACUAAUGGGGAAAAGUUUUGGCUAAAAAAUAGUAUUUACCCAACAUAAAAUUAUAAGUCUGACUAUUUUCAGGAUUCCAUUAGGUUCAAUUUUUGAGAAGACUAAAAGACUAUAAUGACCUUUACCCCUCUACUUUUUAGCUCCUAAGUUGUGAUUAGGCAUCAUAUGUAUCUUUUUUGUUUCACUUUAUUACUUAUUAUCACCCCACCAAUUAGGUUUGAUGGGUGUUGGGCCACACGAUGUGUUACGAUCUGGUUAUGCAUUGUCUGUGACUUGGUCUACGUGGCAUGCCAGGGUGGAAUUUAAAUUUAAUUAUAUUUACUAAAAAAUCCCUACUUUACCAAAUAGUCGUGUUCUUUUCCUCUUCUCCAUCCGCCCCUUUCCAUUCCUCUCUUGUCCUCUUUGUCGGAACCCCAUUUCACCUCAGCCCAUGUCAAUCCAUUCACCAAUCAAUCUCGUCCACCUCGCCUCCGUCAUCCGCUCCUCAAACUCCCCUCCGCGACGCUCGCUAUGGAGAGUCGGGAACGAGAAUCAUCGUGGGUACAAUGUCAAAUAAGUCCAACGCUAGAUGUGAAAAAUCCGGUGAAGGAAUAGAGGCUCCAGCUCUAGCUCGAUUCUCUCCAGGGACCACUGAUGCAAAGCCCGCUAACAAUAAUUUGUGUUGUGGGAAAGUGAAAACCCUGUGUGAUUUCAUUGGUUUUGGCAGCAUAUAUAGCUGGUCCAAAGUAGCAUUACAAGACAAACUUACUUCUGAUGCGAGUACGAACCAAAACAGGAAAAGUAGUAAAAAUGUAACAUUGGGAUUAAAAGCGAAGUUUGGCAACUUGAUGUAGUACGCUGCCGUUCCAGUUGAACGUUGUCGUUCCAGCCGAGUCUUCAGUCUGUGCCAGAAACGACGUCACUCCAUUUCCUUCUUCCUUGUGUUUGAUCUGCGAGGGGGAAAUUCAAAUUUGUUGAAUUAUCCCCUGAUACCCGCCGCCAGUUUUUGCGAUGAAGAAAAAGACAAGGGUUGAGCAGGGGGACUGCUUAGAAGAUUGGGGAAUAAGGUGAAGCUCUGUCUAUUUCAACGUUUGUAGUCGCAAAUCUUCGAUUGGAGUUUUGGGUUUGUUUCUUCAAGUUAUGUGAUUGAGGAAGAAGGUGAAGAAUAAAUAUGGGAGUUUGGGUUCUUCUAUAUCGAUUUGGCUUGUAGGAUUUCUGGGUUUGGAUUCUUCGUUCAUCUAUUUUGCUAUGAUUCUGGUCAGAGGCUGUUGGGAUUGACAGCGGCAGCACUGCUGCGUCCCACUUUCUUCCUUCUUAUUUUCUUUUAUCAAUUUUUGUUUUUUUGUUUUUUCCUUUAAUUAAAAAAAAAAAGAAGGGGAUUCGGUCAAUUAGACCAAAUCCCGUGGGUGGAUGUCCUCCAAAAAGAUUUUUUUAAUUUUAAUGUAAUAAACAAUAUUUUAAAUUUGACAUGGCAGGACACGUGGCAUGACGCGUCGACUAAGAGUUGACGUGGAAGCUGACGAGGCGGCAUCUCAGCUUGUUUUUGACAAACGUUAACGACAUCUCUGACUUCGUCAAUAUUUCUAACGGAAAUGGCUAUAAUUGUCAAGGUAGUUUCAAAUCUGUGGCUAUUUUUGUGUAUUUUUCAAAAUUUGGCAAUAUUUGUCAUAAAGUGUAAAGUUAUGGCUAUGAAAGUGUAUUUUGCCUUACUUUUAAUUGGAUACCUUUCCAAUAUGGCGUUAGAGAUAUUUUAUGCAUGGUUUUAGAAACCGUUAAAUUUAAUUGGGGAUGACAAUGUAACCCCUGAACUUUGGACUUCAUGAAUACAGGCUGGUUGUAAAAAAAAAAAAAAUAACUGGGGAAACAAUAUGCGUGGUUGGUAACCAAUUCCCUCCAUUCUCAAUAUGGAGUUAGAGAAAUUUUAUGCUCAAAUUCUAUCAAUUAUGAUCUAUAUUGGCAGUUGAUUUAAACACAUGGUAUAAUUUUUAUUUGAGAUGAUACAAGAUCUAAUUUUCAUCGCUCAAUAACUCGUAUUAUUAGAAUCUAUUAGUUAUAGUUUGAGUGAUCGGAUAGGAUGCUAACAAUAAUAAUAAGACUAUGAUAGUAACUAAUGUAUAUAGUAGCUUCUUCCUCCACUCCGUCCUCCUCCCAUUGCUCUCUGUCUUCCUUAUUUCACCAUAAUUUGUAAAAAACCCCACCACACCACAAAAACCAAGCAUUUUAAUUGCAAAAAAAAAAAAAAAAUCAUCAUUAUAAAAAAAGUUAUUACAUUUUCAUCCUUUAUACCGUUUGUGGUUCGUCAUGAUGUUUCAAGUGUGGUUUCUAGCCUUUUUGAUCGCCUUUAGCCUUUAUGAGACUUCUGCUGUGGUUGCACAUAUUUUUAUAUGUUGCAGGGAACUUAUGGUCUCCUUUGUGGGAUUUCUGGUUUCUUUCGAGGAAUUUGGGGUUAGUUUUAUGAGGGUUAUAGUCUACUUCAAGGAACUUAUGGUCAGCUUUACGAGAUUUUUUGUUUACUUCUCAGGAAACUUGUGGUAAGCUUUGUGGUGUGUUUACUAUCUUUUCUGGAAUGUUUUAUGGGGUUUCUGGUAUACUUUAUGAGUUUUGUGGUGUGGUUUGUAGAAUUUUUGGUCUAGUAUGAGUUUUCUGGUUUGCUUCAUGAGAGUUGUGGUAAAAUUUAUAUGAUUUCUGGUCUAUUUUAUGUUAUUUGUGAUAUGGUUUGUUCUGUUUUUUAUUUGCUUUAUGACACUUGUAAUCGCUGCCAGCUAAAGAUAAGACGCAAAAAUAAUUGAGCAACGCCACGCACAUGCUACCCUAUAAUUUUUUAAAUUUGACAAAACAUGUCACUCACUUCAAAAACCAUCAUUAAUUAUAGCCAUCCCUUAAACAGAAAAGAAAGAUGGAUGGUCACGUUGGGUACGUACCGGUUAUAGCUAUCAUAUGGUUUCCUGCUCACAUCCACACUUUACUAGUGUUGUCUUGCCCUACAAUUCUGGCGGUUGUUGGGCCGCUGAGCAUUACUCUGUUUCUUACCCACCACAAAAAAAAGUGGUUAAUUAAUUACUAGGCCGCAACUGACGACGACGGCCGGUGGGGCGAUCUUUGUCCGCAUGCAAGCUAUCGCUUCGACGCUUCCUGUGUUUUUACUACACGUUGACGUCAGAGGGUACGUAUAGGACGAAAGUUGAGCGACGAAUUAAAAUUGGCUGCCUGCCACCUACUCCACCAAUUUCCCGAGCUCAACGUGCCCAAUAAUAAUGGACCGUCGAUCGAAUCCAGUCCAGCCCAGUCGUCGUCUCUGCCAGCCAACAAUUCAUCACGGCCCGGCGCUUCCAUUUUUAACCCCAUUUUUUUCACUAAUUACUGUACCAGGGUUACACACCUGUUCGAGAAUUCUGAGUCAGCUACUGUCGACACACGAGCAUUUUUCGUGCCUGAUUUUGCCCACUAUUGCCUCAUCCUUUAUAAAUAGUCCUCAAAUCUCAACAGUACAAUAUAUACCUCAUCUCUACUCUGAAAUUCCAAUUCACUGCCCAACACCAAAAAAGCUACCAAACAUGGAGGCAAAGGCAUCGUCCGGCGCCGCAGCAACGAAACCCCACUUCGUCCUACUCUCCAGCCCCGGCAUCGGCCACCUGAUCCCCGUCCUCGAGCUCGGCAAGCGGCUCGUCACCCACCACAACGCCGCCGUCACCGUCUUCGUCGUCGCCUCCCGCUCCUCCCAGGCGGAGACCGAACUGACAACCGAGGCCGCCGCCGCCGCCGGAGGAGCGCCGGGGAGCGGGAACUUCUUCAACGUGGUGAGACUACCGCCGCCGGACCUCUCCAACGUGCUCGACCCAGCGGCGGCGAUGGUCACGCGCCUCUGCGUGGUCAUGAGGGAACUGAUUCCCGCGAUCCGGGCGGCGGUCCAGUCACUCGCGGUCCGACCGACGGGUCUGGUCGUGGAUCUGUUCGGAACCGAGUGUUUUGUGGUGGCCGAGGAGUUGGGGAUAGCGAAAUACGUGUUGGGCACUUCGAAUGCGUGGUUUACUGCUCUGACGAUCCAGUUGCCGGUUUUGGAUGGAGAAGUGGAAGGAGAGUACGUUGAUCAGAAGGAGCCGCUCGAGAUCCCCGGGUGUCGUUCGGUUCGACCGGAUGAGGUGGUCGACCCCAUGUUGGACCGGAAGGAUCAGGUGUACAUCGAGUACAGACGCAUGGGGGUCGAGUUCCGGAAAGCCGACGGUAUUCUGAUAAACACGUGGGAAGAUCUGGAGCCCACUACCCUCGCCGCACUGCGAAACGACGACUUCUUCGGCCGUAAGGUCAUUCAGGGAGAUAUUCUAGCUAUUGGUCCGUUGGUUCGACGUCCAACCAGACCAUCGAACCCGACCAGCCAGGACUUAUUCUCCUGGCUCGACCAGCAACCCAACGAGUCGGUGGUGUACGUUUGUUUUGGCAGCGGUGGGAACCUCUCCCCCGAGCAACAGAUCGAGCUGGCCCAUGGGCUGGAACGCAGCCAGCAACGGUUCCUCUGGGUGGUCCGCCGGCCCACUGGCGUAAAGGACUCGGCCUUCUUCAGUUCAGGAAAGUCUGAAGAUAUGGAUGGCAUUCAUCAUGACUUGGACAACCGCUACGGCCUGCCGGAGGGUUUCGUGGAGAGGACGCGACACGUGGGGCUGGUGGUCCCGGAGUGGUCCCCGCAGUCGGAGGUUCUGAGCCACGCGGCGGUGGGAGCGUUCGUGUGCCACGGUGGAUGGAACUCGACGCUGGAGAGCGUGCGGAGCGGGGUGGCGAUGAUGAUGUGGCCGCUGUACUCGGAGCAGAGGAUGAACGCGACGUUGGUGGCGGAGGAGCUCCAGCUGGCGUCGAGGACCGAAACGAUGCCGUGGAGGGGAGUGGUCGGGAGGGACGAGGUGGAAGGGAUGAUUAGGGAAGUGAUGGUGGGCGAGAAAGGGAAAGGGAUAAGGGAGAGGGUGAAAGCAGCUCAACGCAGUGGGGAGAAGGCAUUGAAAGAAGGUGGCUCGUCUUAUAAAGCUUUGGAAAUGGUGGUUAAGAAGUCAUGUUAAGAUCGAGAUACACUCUCCAAUGAAAUUCACGUCCAUGAUCGAGGGAGAUGAGAAAGAAUGGGCUUGAGUGAUGUUAUUAGAGAAUCUUUAUAUAUAUUAUCUAAAAGAGAAUCAUAAUAUUUGUUAUAUAUGUGAUGUUUAAUAUAUGUUUCGAUAUAGUGGAUUGAUUCAAAAUAAGAAUGUGAACGUGUACUUUGGUGGUUAUAUGCCAAUAUGAUGAGAUCAUAAUAAUAUGAGACAGAAUUCCUAUCACCUUUCUUUUGAAACAAAUUGUCAGAAACAUGGCCUAGGCCGAUUUAUGUCAACCAAUUAUUCGUAUUCUUUAUAUAAACAAAUGCAGAGUCGUGGGGCGACCAACUAACAGUGGCGGAUUUAGGGCUGGGUCACCCCGGGCCACGGCCUCGGCCUCCUCCGGUGCAGAGCUAGUAUAAUACGUAUGAAUUUUUUGAUUUUGGGUGUUCAACCCAGUGAUAUUGAAAAGUCGGUCCAAUGUUAUAUGAUAAUAAAAUUUUCUAUAACUUGGAAAAUGGUCUAGAUGAACAUAUCCAAAUCACUACUCUCAAUUUAGACGAAAAACUCUAGCCCCGAUAAUUUGUAUUUGAAAAGAAUAAAAUAAACAAUGAAAUCUAAAAGUCUUACACUAAAAGUGUAAUGUUCCAUUGAAAUAAAAAAACGUCUAAACUAAACCUCACUCUUCUAUAUCAGAACUCAAAAAAAAUUUCAAUUCCCCCAAAAUAGAAAAUUUGAACGAGGAGACGAACGAACCCGAAAUUUUCUUUCCAGUCUUUUGAUGAAGAAAAUAUUUACAAACUUGUUGAGUCAUAUUUAAAUUGCUUCAGUUGAGUGGUGCACUAGAUCUUAAAAGUUCUUUCCAGUCUUUUGAUGAAUAAAAUAUUUACAAACUUGCUCAAGAGUUUAUCUUUGAGACUUUGAAGGCUAUUAGAUGCAUUAUUUGAAGAAUUAUCUACAAUAUUAUGUCGUUCAUGUGGUUCAUAGUUAGGAAUAUGAAGUUUCAUCCCUUGCAAAAAUUACUAGAGAUACACAAUACGAAUUGAUUUGUCGGUUGAUUCGUCUAGUGUUGAUCUAUUCCCUCUGCCAUCUCUCUACCUUUUCAGCUUCCUCCCGUUAGGGCUGCCGCCGGCACAUCUGGGUGAUCGGCGGUAGCCCAAAAAAUCAUUUAUUUCCCGUUUUUUCUGUUGCUUUCCUCCUUUCAUCGCCUUCCUCUUCGGUUUUCCAUUGUCUUUCCUGGCCUUCCUUGGCUUUUUCCUGCCGUCAUGGCGUUCCCUCUUCCCCUAAGUGGGGUUUUCCUCAUCCCUCUCAUUAGAGGAGGUUUUGCCAUGUUUCUGCUACAGAUCUUCUAGAUCUGGUUUGGCUCUGCUCUGUUCUGGAAAUUUUCUUUCCAGUCUUUUGAUGAAGAAAAUAUUUACAAACUUGUUGAGUCAUCAUUUAAAUUGCUUCAGUUGAGUGGUGCACUAGAUCUUAAAAGUUCUUUCCAGUCUUUUGAUGAAUAAAAUAUUUACAAACUU